UGAAGCUCGAUGCUCAGCUGCUUCGGCCUACUGUCUGGCUGUCGGCGCUCAUCACGUUGGUUAGCAACUGAUUGACCUGUCGCUGACAAUGAAUGGCUGCUGAGAGAGACGGAGCUUAGGACGGUCUAUACUUCCAUUGAUAUUCUUCGAACAGGUCCCAGCAGACGGACGCCCUGCCUUCCCAAGCGGGGCUGCCAUGGCCCAGACGCUGCAGAUGGAGAUUCCCAACUUUGGCAACAACAUUUUGGAAUGUCUGAAUGAGCAGCGCCUGCAAGGUCUCUAUUGUGAUGUCGCCAUUGUGGUUAAGGGACAUUCCUUCAAAGCUCACCGAGCUGUCUUGGCGGCAAGCAGUUCCUACUUCCGAGACCUUUUCAAUAGCAGCAAGAGCACCGUCGUUGAGCUACCGGCUGCUGUGCAGCCCCAGUCUUUUCAGCAAAUUCUGACCUUCUGUUACACUGGGCGUUUGAGUAUGAACGUUGGUGACCAGUUUCUGCUGAUGUACACAGCAGGCUUCCUACAGAUCCAGGAGAUAAUGGAGAAAGGGACAGAAUUUUUUCUCAAGGUUAGUUCCCCUAGCUGUGACUCACAAGGUUUGCAAGCAGAGGAAACUCCACCUUCAGAGCCACAGAGCCCUGUUGCCCAAACGUCUACUCGACCGUCUUGCAACACACCCUUGCCGCUUGUUUCUCGUGUAAAGACAGAACAACAUGAACAGGACUCUGUACAGUGCUCACCAGUGGCCAAAAGACUAUGGGACAAUGGCCAGCGAGAAGGAAAUGGUAAUCGUAAGUUGGCUAGAUUUUCACAGGAUGUUGGUGGGCAACCAAGUCAGCAACCCUCUCAACAAGCAAGCCAGCAGAUAAAUCAACCAGCACCUGGGCAGGCAAAUGCACCAGCAAGUGGGCAGGCAGGCAGGCAAACAGGAGCAGUCAGUGGCUUUAGUGGGUCAGAGCGAACAAGUCCUGGCACUUCCAGUGCAUACACCAGUGACAGCCCGAAUUCCUACCACAAUGAAGAAGAUGAGGAAGAGGAUGUUGUAGAGGAAGGCUCAGAUGACCAGUACCGUCAGAUCUGUAACAUGUACACAAUGUACAGUAUGAUGAAUGUUGGACAGACUGGUGAGCCAGAGAGAGUGGAAGCUUUACCUGAUCACAUGACUUCAGACUCCAGGAGUCGAGUGCGGGUACGGCAGGACUUGACUUCCUUACCAGAUGAACUUAUUGCUCAGAUUGGGAAUCGCUGUCAUCCGAAGCUGUACGAGGAAGGAAGCCCUACUGAAAAGUUGGAACUUGUGACAGGCACCAGUGUAUACAUCACACGAGCACAGCUGAUGAACUGUCACGUCAGUGCUGGAACGCGACACAAAGUACUGCUACGCAGAUUACUCGCUUCAUUCUUUGAUCGGAAUACACUAGCAAAUAGCUGUGGCACAGGUAUCCGUUCGUCCACAAAUGACCCAAGCAGGAAACCGCUAGACAGCAGGGUUCUUCAUGCUGUGAAAUUUUACUGUCAAAAUUUUGCUCAGAACUUUAAGGAGAGUGAAAUGAAUGCUAUUGCUGCAGACAUGUGCACUAACGCCCGACGUGUUGUCCGCAAGAGCUGGAUCCCGAAGUUGAAGCUGCUGAUGGCCGAAGGUGAUGCUUAUCCUUCUUUCAUUAAUGAUGCUGGAAAGAUGGAAUCGGACAUGCUGGGUGCUGAGCAAGGGUUCGAGACUGCCAGUCAUGAUGGUGAUGCAGGGACCUCCAGUGAAGGCUUGCAGUAAAACCGACAGCUCUCUGUAGAGAGAGCAGGCGCAUCUAAUCUUGCAAGAGAUCACAAGUUCUUGUGUUUCACCCUUCAGCUCAGUCCAACAGACAUGUAAAUGCAGUCCCUUUUUAAAACCUUUGCUUUUAAUGUACAGUGCAAGUCUCCAGAAGUGGGGGGAAUAUCCAUUUGUAGAGGGACAGUGUAAUUCUCUCUUGCGACACUGAACCAUGCCUUCGGAUCCAGCAUGAGGUGUCAGAACUAGACCACACUUGAGCUUGAAUCUGCACAGUUGCUUCCACGCCUUGGCCUCUUUAACCCUUCCCCUCUGCUGUGAACUCAGUAACGCUGCCAGUAUUUGUUCUGUGUUUAAAAGUGCCAAGAACUUUGUGAAUCCUGACUGUGACCCAAUAACAAUAAGAAUUGCACAUUAACUACUGUACAAAUUAAAGUAAUAAAGAAUCUUAAUAAAAGUUUGUAACAAAAAUAA